AUUUUGACAGCGUUUUGUUUUGUUCGGUCCUUCGCAAUAUCAUCCGACUACGGUAUCGGCAUCAGUGAUUAUUUUCCUACCAACUGUUUAUCUAUUUGUAGCGCCAUCGUUACUGUUGCAGUUUUAUUAUUAGCAAUAAAUCAAAACUGUGAUUCUGGUCGAACUUUUACCCUAACCAACGGCUGACUACGUGACUGUCCCAAGGAGAAUCAUCAAGCCAAUGGCCAAUAAACGAAUCCUGUGUGUCGGUCUGUGCAAUCUGGACAUCAUUCAAGUGUGUGGGAGCUAUCCUCUGGAAGAUUCCGAUCAGCGCUCUAAUCGAAGUAUCUGGCAAAGGGGUGGAAAUGCCUCGAACAAUUGCACGGUACUAUCGUUGCUCGGUGCCAAAUGUGAGCUGCUCGCAACGUUUAGCGAUUCCGAACACUUUACAUUCGCUCUCCGUGAUCUCGAGCGACACGGCAUUCCGAUCGAAAAGUGUGCCUUCCACAAGGGGUGCGAAAUUCCACUGUCCACCGUUUGGAUCAAUGAGGCUACGGGAAGUCGAACGAUCGUUCACUCGAAUCUGAACCUUCCUGAGAUAAAAGUGGAAGAUUUCGCGAGGUGCGAUCUGUCGCGGUACAGCUGGGUUCAUUUUGAGGGUAGAAGAAGUGCUUCAGAAAUUGCAAAGAUGAUCGAAACAGUAAGAAUAUUCAACACCAGUGAAGACCAUGAAAGAAUCCGGGUUUCGGUAGAUUUAGAGAAACCCCGUAAUACCAACCUUUUGUUGAUCCCGAAUGUUGACAUCAUAUUCCUCGGCAAAGACUUUGCACGUUUUCUAGGGUAUGAUAAUUCUCGUGAUGCCGUUCAUGGCUUCAAGAAGUCCUAUCCUGGCAAGUACACGGCGAUUUGUCCGUGGGGUAGCUCUGGAGUAAGCGCUCUGGACGGGGAUAACAAAUACUACAGUUGCGGAGUUUAUCCACCAGCUGUAAUCAGAGACACUCUCGGAGCCGGAGACACAUUCUGUGCUGGAUGCAUAUUACAAUUAAACAAACAAGAACCUCUCCAGGCAGCGAUCGAGUAUGGUUCAAAGCUCGCCGGCUUAAAAAUCGGUGAUUACGGCUUCGAUCACCUGCAACAAAAACUACAUCAAUUAGUGUAGAAUUUCUCUAUAGCAGCUUAAAAAAAGCCCACACAUCACAUAAUGCCACGAUGAAAAGACAUUUUAUUUCUCGCAUUUGAUUCCUCUUUCUUAAAGCAAAUUAAAAGGAACAUGUGUUACUUGGUACUCUUCUCGUGUUUUUUUUUGUUCUAAUAACUUGCAAAAGAGUAAACCUAAUCGCAAAAGUGGGACUAGGAAACGCAUUCCUGCUAUUAACACCUGACAUGCGGGGGAGGCGUAGCUGCUUUCGGUUUUGUGCCUUACAUAUUCCAGCAUUGUGCGAAGAAAUUCGACCCCGUUUUUAUUUAUUGUUUCUGAAAACUCUUUUCACAAACAAAACGAGUCCUUGCCGAUCAGCUUUCCUUGUAUUAUAUCUUCUAAACAAUCUUUGUGUAACUGCUUGUUUGUUUUAAAUCGAUCCGAUUGUAGCAAUAAAAGAUAAAUUAUUUAAAAUGUAUUCACAAUUAAUUAAAAACAAAAACAAACAUCAGCAUUUGAACCCUGUUUACAACAGUACAGCGAAUUGUAAAAUGUAUCCUUAUAAACUAGCAACCAGCUAAUGUUCUCGGUUUUUAUCAUUUUGUUUUUUUUUUCUUCUUCACUUAUCUUAAAUCCUAUCAAUACACUAGAAACAAUGCAUUGUAUUCUUUAUUAUUCACCUCAAUCUUUUUUGUUAUCAUUAUUAUCCGACUUGUUGAAGCACUUGACGCUCCGUAUUGGGAUUGAUUCUGCGUUUGACUUGUUUAUUGGGGUAAUAGAGCCUUCGCGGCCACGUGGCCAACAAAAUUAAAACGAUUGUAGCCUUCACACACACACUUACUUGUAUGGAAACAAAUGUUUUCUUUUGGUUUGGUUGAGAAAAUUUGUCUGAUAUAUAUAUUAAAUGGAGGGUUUUCCUAGGAGGAUGUUAAAACACAAUAUUAGUCGACAAUUUCGCUGCCAUUAUUUUGUUUGCGCAGUGUUCCCUGUGUUCGCAUUGAAUUUUCUGCAGUUGAGAUUUUUUCUGACUUUUGUGCAAACCAUUUCACACUCAAGAAUUUGUGCCAUUUGCAUUUGUUUUUUUUGCGACCGAUAAAUCCUAACGCGUUAGUCUCAUUGUUUUCCUGUUGUUACAAUCUUUACACUGCCCAUAGACACACUCACGUUUCGUGGCAUGUGUUUAGCUGUCGCUAAGCAAGUAUACGUACAUGACGUUCGAAUAGUUGAUAAGCAUCAGUAUCAGCUGGUAGUGGACAUAGGUGGAGGUAAUAAAGAACAAAUGGAUGAGCAGGAAUCGUAGCAAGUCCUGCUGCACCACGGUCGGCAGCACGGAAGCCGAGCCACAGGGGAACUUUCCGGUGCGGUAGAACUCGUUCAGCAGUUUCUCCUUCUCGGUGAAUCGAUCGUACAACCACUGCGUGAGAG